AGUUUUUUUGUUUAAUUUAAUAUUAUUUUUUAUUUUAUUUCUAUAGGUUGGAUCAUUUAUUCAACAAUUAAUUGUUUCUCAAACAAGUUUUCAACAACGUAAAUCUUUAGUUGCAUCAAUACUUCGAUGUGCUAUUACUUGUUGGUAUAUCGGAAAUUUUAAUACUGCUAUGCAAAUAUUAGCUGGAUUAAAAUUAAAUACAUAUUGA